AUGGAUUCUCAGCCAAUAAUUCGUGAUCUUGUUUUAGCUAAUAUAAUACCACCAUCAUCAUCAUCAACAACCGAAACAUGUGUUCAAUUAGUUGAAACUGAUAAACGUCCAUUUGGUCAUACAAUUGUUAAUACACGAAAUGAUUCAAUUUCUGAUCCUCAUGAUCUUGUUAAUUUAGCUAAACAAAUUGAAACGUGUGAUGCAUUUAUUCGUGCUAAUGUUUCAAAUCGUUUACAAGUUAUUGUAAAUCAAGUUAAUUUUUUACGUGAAGAAGCACAACGUAUUUUAAUGAAAGCAAAACGUGAUGAUGAAUUAAAUCAUUCAGCUUGUAAUCUUGUUCGUCGACCUGGACAAAACUAUUAUUAUUAUGAACGAGAAAGUGGACAGAAAUAUCUAUCUAUUAUGCAUCCACAAGAUUGGAUGACAGGUACAAAAAAUAAUAGUUGUCCACAUCGAUUUUUAGGUGCAUAUAGACUUGAGUAUGAUAAUUCAUGGACACGACAAGCAACAAAUUUUGAUGAUGAAUUAGAUGAUUCAUUAGGUGAAUUAAAACAAAAAUCAUCGACUGAUAUACAACAAAAUCGAAAAAUGAUUGAGUUUUUAAUUAAAUCAUAA